AUGCUCUCUAUCCCACUCCAAACCACCCGCGAUAGCUUCGCUUGCUUAGCAAAUGACUACGUCGACUUGCCCUUGGUCUUCCCCACCCAAGCGACACAGUUGAGGUUGAUUUUAAUACCGUGGGGAGGUGUUCUGGGCAACGGGUUUGACAAAGAGACAUCCAAUGAUCCCCGAACCACCCUGAUGACAAACAAAUUGCGUACUCUGAGGAAGGAUGGAUACCAUCCUGUGCUCCUGUUUGAAUUGGAUUCGCACCUCGUUGAGUCAAGUCAUGACAGAAAAGGUGUCUUGGAAUCUACUUUGUACCCGAACUUGCUCAUGGCCGCGAGUCUAACGGACUCACGAAGCCGCAAUGUGGAUGCGAUACAGGCAUAUGUACACUAUGCACAUGGGUUCGGUAAACUUUGUCUGUGGAUAACGGUGCUGACGUCAAAGAGAUUGCAUAAGUACUCGCUGCCGUCUGAAAAUAUCGGGCAUGCACGCUAA